AGCCUCAGUCCCACACUUUGAAAGCAUGUCGAUCCGGGACAACAAACAACCCCAGCAAUUUUGGUCAUGGAUCUCUAAGUCCCAAAAGGAUUUAGCGAAGUCCAUUCUGUCUGGGGCUCCAGGAGGGCCAGCGGGGUACCUGCGGCGGGCCAGCGUGGCCCAACUGACCCAGGAGCUGGGCACUGCCUUCUUCCAGCGGCAGCAGCUGCCUGCCGCUAUGGCAGACACCUUCCUGGAGCACCUCUGCCUGCUGGACAUCGACUCCGAGCCCUUGGCCGCUCGCAGUACCAGCAUCAUUGCCACCAUUGGGCCAGCAUCUCGCUCCGUGGAGCGCCUCAAGGAGAUGAUUAAGGCCGGGAUGAACAUUGCGCGAUUCAACUUCUCCCACGGCACCCACGAGUACCACGCUGAGUCCAUCGCCAACGUCCGAAAGGCGGCGGAGAGCUUUGCAACUUCUCCGCUCAGCUACCGACCCGUGGCCAUCGCUCUGGAUACCAGGGGACCGGAGAUACGCACAGGGCUCCUGCAGGGGGGCCUGGAAUCGAAAGUGGAGCUGGUGAAGGGCUCCCAGGUGCUGGUGACCGUGGACCCGGCGUUCCAGACGCAGGGGAACGCGAACACCGUGUGGGUGGACUACCCCAAUAUCGUCCGGGUCGUGCCGUUGGGGGGCCGCAUCUUCAUUGACGACGGGCUGAUCUCCCUAGCGGUCAAGAACAUUGGCCCAAAGGGGCUGGAGACUGAAGUGGAGAGUGGUGGCCUUCUGGGCAGCCGGAAGGGCGUGAACUUGCCGGGCAUCCAGGUAGACCUGCCUGGGGUGUCCGAGCAAGAUGUCCGGGACCUGCGCUUUGGGGUGGAGCAUGGUGUGGACAUCGUCUUCGCCUCCUUUAUGCGGAAAGCUAGCGACGUGGUUGCCGUCCGGGCUGCUCUGGGGCCAGAAGGACAAGGCAUCAAGAUCAUUAGCAAAAUUGAGAACCAUGAAGGUGUGAAGAAGUUUGAUGAAAUCCUGGAGGUGAGCGACGGCAUCAUGGUGGCACGGGGUGACCUGGGUAUCGAGAUCCCAGCCGAAAAGGUUUUCCUUGCUCAGAAGAUGAUAAUUGGACGUUGCAACUUGGCGGGCAAGCCCGUUGUCUGUGCUACACAGAUGCUGGAGAGCAUGAUCACGAACUCCCGGCCAACUCGGGCAGAGACGAGUGAUGUGGCCAACGCUGUGCUGGAUGGGGCCGACUGCAUCAUGCUGUCGGGGGAGACUGCCAAGGGCAACUUUCCUGUGGAGGCCGUGAAGAUGCAGCAUGCGAUUGCCCGGGAGGCAGAGGCAGCGGUGUACCACCGGCAGCUGUUUGAGGAGCUGCGCCGGGCAGCACCACUGAGCCGUGAUCCCACUGAGGUCACUGCCAUUGGCGCUGUGGAGGCUGCUUUCAAGUGCUGUGCUGCUGCCAUCAUUGUGCUGACCACGACUGGCCGCUCAGCCCAGCUCCUGUCUCGGUACCGACCUCGAGCAGCAGUCAUUGCUGUCACCCGCUCAGCCCAGGUUGCCCGCCAGGCCCACCUAUGCCGAGGAGUCUUCCCCUUGCUCUACCACGAACCUCCAGAGGCCAUCUGGGCAGAUGAUGUGGAUCGCCGGGUCCAAUUUGGCAUUGAAAGUGGAAAGCUCCGUGGUUUCCUCCAUGUUGGGGACCUGGUGAUUGUGGUGACAGGCUGGCGGCCUGGCUCUGGCUAUACCAACAUCAUGCGGGUGCUGAGCAUAUCCUGAGAUGCCCUCCCCCUCUGACCCAGCCAGCCCUGGACCCCAUCCCUCCUACACACUCCCGCUACCCCACACCCCUCCUACAGCCCCAUGUUUGUCUUCUCUACCCCCAAUCCUCCCUACCCAUCUGCCAUCUAGCUCCAUUCCAGGGUGCCCCUUCCCCCUCUCCAUUUCACACAGGCCCUGAAAGUCUGUGUCCAAUUAAGCACUGGUGAUCCAGCAGCACCAACCCUACAUACCCUGCAUCCAGUGCUCUCAGCUGGGCCCUAAGAUGCUCUGAGCCUUUAAUCUCAGCUUAACUGGUUAAUUCUGUUCCCUCAGGCUUCCCAUGCUGGGGGUGGGGGAGAGGGGAAUGGAGCAAUCAUGUCCACAGUCUCCACAAAAUUACUAUUUUAAAGAUAUCCCAUAUCCAUGCAGUCUGACAUUUUCAUAUGUGGCCCUCAUGAUGAUCUGGGCAUCUCCCGAGGAGAGUGCCACCUCUUCCUUCAUUGUGACUAACAAUGACACUGAAGCGCCACCCUUUUGGGGAAGCCAGGGCAGAUGUAUGCUGGCAGCGCCGAGAGUGGGCAGCUCAUCCUGUCACUGUCUUUGCAAUCUCUGCUGGGCUCGCAGGCCACUCCUGGGCCGCUCUCACGGCCACCUCAGGCCUUGCUGGGUCAGACACCCUGCUACCUCCUCCUGCACCCGGAAAUUCCUU